UCUUAGCUUCCGCUCGUGGGGCGUUAGCUCCAUGCAUGGAGCUGGUGGAAGGAUGGGACGCGGAGGACUUGCCCGUGGAGCUGGAGGCUCUGCUUGCCCCGGCCGCCGCCUAUACCCGCCUGCGGGUGGCGCUAAGGGACGUUUCCGCCGGUGCGGUGGCGGUGGCAGAGGCGGUGCUGAUGCGCCAGGCGGACUCCCAGCCGCCCGCCGCCGCGCCCUUCCCGGCGGAGGCGGCUGUCGCCGCUUCGGACGCGGUGGAGCGGGGCUGCCGCAUCUGCAUGGAGGGCCCAGGUGAGGCGCGGCUGCUGGAGGCGGUCUGCGCCUGCCGGGGCUCCCUGCGCUUCAUCUGCCGGGAGUGCCUGGCGCUGCAGUGGGCAGCUCAGCCCCAGAAGGGGCUGCAAUGCGGGCUUUGUCGGCAAGCCUUCAGCGGCGCAGCGCAUGCGCUCCUGUUGGAUCUGACGGCCAAGCGCCUCGAGGAGAUGAGACAGGAGAAGGGCCAAGACGUGGAGGUUCUGAAGCAGCAGGUGACCACGGCCACGGGGCUCUGGCAGCAGGGCCGCCUCUCGGAGGCGGAGCCGCUCUUCCGGGCCGCCGUGGCAGGUCUGCAGCAAUGCGAUGAUGCCAAGGCUCAGCUGUACACAGCGCAGCACAACCUGAGCUUGGUGCUGGUGGCUCUGGGUCGGCCCCUCGAGGCCCGCAAGGAGCUGCGCGAGGCGCGACGGGGUUUGGCGGUGCUCUACGGUGCGGAGCAUCCACUGGUACUGAAAGCCGCGCACAACGAGGCCAUGGCCGCCAAUGCGGCUGGCGACUGCGAGGAGGCCCACAAGCUCUACGAGGUGACCUGCGCGGUGCGCACGCGGGUGCUGGGCCUGGAGCACGUGGACACGCUGAAGACCCGCUGCAACCUUGGCCUGGCGCUGCGCAGCGCUGGCAGGUUUGAGGAGGCCGAGGCGGAGCUGCGGUGUGCACUCGCCGGGCUGGAGCGAAAGCUGGGGCCCAGGCACCAGCUGGUCUUCACGGCGCUGCAGAACUUGGGCCUGUCGCUCGCCAGCUGCGCGGCCUCCGCCGCUUCCGGCGGCCUAGCGCAACGGCAGGCCGGGGCGCUGCUGGCCGCGGAAGCCGCGGAGGGCAAGGCCCAGCUGCUGGGCCCGGAGCAUUUCGAAUCCCUGGAGGCGCGGCGCGACUUGGGGGCGUUGCUCGCAGGGCUGGGCCGGCACCAGGAGGCUGAGGUCCUCUGGCGGCAAGCCCUCGCGGGUCUACAGCGCUCCCUGGGCUUUGAGCAUCCCACCACACUGGCCGUGCUGGCCACGCUGAGGAAGUGGCUGGCUUCGCGCGGGGAGGCAGAGGCCGAGGACUUGAUGGAGGAGCACAGGGCGGCCCGCGUGGCGCCCUGUGCGCCGCUUCCUCCCAAGGAGGAAGCGGCGUUGGCUUCGGGGCGGCGGGUGCUGGAGGUGCGGAUGGUUUUUGUGCAGCCAGGCCAGCGCGGCCGGGGCUUUGGCCGCCGCCUGUUGGAGCACCUGGCGCUUGUGGCCCGCCUCGCGGGCGCCGAGGUGCGCGCUGGAGCGGUCACGUCGGAGGACUCUCGCGGCUUUCUGCGCGCUUGCGGCUUCCAGGCGCAGGAAGCCGACGGCGUGUGGACGCUCCCCGCCAUGGCUCUGCUCCGCCAGGCUGUGCGCUCCGUGGCCCAGGCGUGGCUGGCGAAGGGGGGCAAAGGGGGCGUGGGACGUGCCAGCAUCCUGUGCCGUGCGACUGCUCCGGCUGCAUCGGACGUGCUGUCUGGGAUGCCUUCGCUCGGCCUCGGCGCUCCCAUCUCCAAGCGCCAUGCGGGAGUGUCUGUGCUGGGCUGCGCCAUUGCCAUGGUGGCCGUGGGAGGCUGUGCGCAGGGCAUCGGUCAGCUCUUCGCGGCGCUGGUGGUGGGCAUGGCAAGGAACCCGUCCAUGAAGGAGGAUCUCUUCACGUACACGCUGAUCGGAAUGGGUUUCCUGGAGUUCUUGGCCAUUGUGGUCAUCCUCAUCGCAGGCUUGCUGCUGUACUCCGAGUGA